AGAUAUUUUGCUAUCUUGCGCCUCUCUCUUUCUCUCGACGCUUUUUGUGUAUAAGGCAGUAGCAUCAUUUUCAGAGAGAGAGAGAGAGAGAGAGGAGGAAGGAAGAAAAUCUCAAGGGUUUAUGCCCAGAUAUCCUCUGCAAUAACCCUAACUUUCUUCUUCUUCUUCUUCUUCUUUAACUUCUUAGAAAUGGAGUUUGUGGGAAGACCAGUGAAGAAGGAGUUUCAUGGGUUUGGGAUUUUCUCGGGACUCGUCAAAUCCUAUGACCCAGAAUCUGGUUUCUUCGAAAUACUGUACGAAGAUGGCGAUUCUGAGGAGCUGGAAUGGUCUGAACUUGCUUUGCUGUUGGAGGGUGAGGUGGCUGAUCCUGGUCUGGUCGAGUUGACCCAGAAGCCUCGGGUUGGUCGCAAGCCCAAGAAGCGGCGGAGAGUGGAGAUUAAGCACGAAAAUCUGGAGAAUUCAGGUAACACUUCUGGACAUUUGGAUAAUUUGAAUGGUGGGUUUUCGGAAACCCUAGGGAAUUCUGGGGAAGGUGUGGGAAAAUUUGGGGUGAAUGGUGGCUUUGAUUUGAAUGAUGGGUUUAAUUUUAAUAAUGGGUGCAGUUUGAGUGUUGAUUGUGAGGAAAAUGUGACGAGGAGUAAUUAUAUUGAUUUGAAUUUGAAUGUGAAUGGUGAUUUUGAUGAAAGCUCAAAGGCGAUUGAGUUGGGUUGUGCUGUUGUGGAAACCCGGAAGAAGGGAUGUUCUUUUGAUUUGAAUUUGGGGUUAGACGAUGAAAUGAAGGACGCAGAUGUUGAAUGUGGAGGACAGUUGACAGAAAUUCAUGUAGAUGGUGGUGGUGGGGGUGGUGCAAAUGGGACUUUGGAGGGAGGUGUCUCAGCGAAGGGUGUCAAUGAUUCCAGAGAGUUUGUGUUGGCAGAUUCUGGUUUGUGGCAGGUUGGAGUUCCAAGGGAAGAUGGUAUUUCAAUGGCACUUUGGAUGGAAAAUGCUUCUAACUGUGUAAAUCAUAGUGCAUUUUCUGAAGUUCAAUUGGAGGGUCUCUCUGGAGAUGGCAUUGCGGUAAUCAGUGGAUGUCAGGGAAACUUGGUAAGCCCAUAUAACGAAGGAAAAAGAGGUAGAAAGAGAAGAAAACUAUUAAAUAAUUUGACAUCUGGGACAGAAACAGUGUUGAGAAGAAGUACUCGAAGAGGGUCUGCCCAGAAAGGUAAUGUUUCAAGCACAAUGGUACCAUUUGCAGUCAGUGAUGGAUCCCCAUCUGCAGCUGUUAGUCUAGUAUCAGAGGGGAAGCCUAUUAUCUCUGGUCAUGCAGGAAUUGAAGAUUGCAUUGGUCUUCCCCCAAAGCUGCAAUUGCCCCCUUCAUCACAGAACUUGAAUUUGGAUGGAAUUCCCAUAUUUGACUUUUUCUCUGUUUAUGCCUUUUUAAGGUCAUUUAGUACAUUAUUAUAUUUAAGUCCCUUUGAGUUGGAAGAUUUUGUGGAAGCAUUGAGAUGCAAUUUUUCUAACCCUUUGUUCGAUUCUGUCCAUGUUUCUCUAUUGCAAACUUUGAGAAAGCAUUUGGAAUUUCUAUCAGAUGAAGGUUCCCAAUCUGCUUCCAGUUGUUUGAGGUGUCUUAAUUGGGGUUUGCUGGAUUCAGUUACAUGGCCUGUUUUCAUGGCUGAAUACCUACUGAUUCAUGGUUCAGGUUUGAAACCUGGUUUUGAUUUUAGUUGUUUGAAGCUAUUUGACAAUGACUACUGCAAACGACCUGUGGCUGUAAAGGUUGAGAUACUUCGAUGUCUGUGUGAUGAUGUGAUUGAAGUGGAGGCGCUAAGAUCAGAGCUCAGUAGAAGAUCAUUGGCAGCUGAGCCUGAUAUGGAAUUCAAUCGGAAUGUUAACAUUGAGAUAUGCAAGAAAAGGAGGGCUAUGAUGGAUGUUUCAGGUGGUUCUUGCUUGGCUGAGGAGGUUGUUGAUGAAAUCAAUGACUGGAAUAGUGAUGAAUGCUGCCUCUGCAAGAUGGAUGGAAACUUAAUAUGCUGUGAUGGAUGUCCUGCUGCAUAUCAUUCAAGAUGUGUAGGUGUUGCUAGUGAUCUUUUGCCAGACGGUGACUGGUAUUGCCCUGAGUGUGCGAUUGACAAGGAUAAGCCCUGGAUGAAGCAGCGAAAAUCACUUCGAGGAGCAGAGCUGUUGGGAGUUGAUCCUCAUGGUCGUCUGUAUUUUAGCAGCUAUGGUUACUUAUUGGUGUCAGAUUCAUGUGACACUGAAUCCUCAUUCCAUCAUUACUCCAGAAAUGAAUUGAAUGAUGUUAUUGAAGUGCUGAAGUCUUCAGAGAUUCAUUACGGUGAAAUAAUAACUGCAAUCUGCAAGCACUGGGGAUCCUCUGUUAAUUUAAAUGGAGCAACUAGCAGUUUGGACUCUGAGAACCGUGCUAUAUUGUCAGAUAUGGUUAGGAAAGCACAAACCACUGCCAUUUGUAUGACCCCGCUACCUUUGACACCUGAAACCUGUGCGGUUAAGGAGGAGAGCACUGAUGAAAGAAAGCCAGGAGAGAAAUCUGUUGCUGAAGUUUCUCUCAGCUGUGGGGUUUCAAAGUCUAUUACCUUGUUGAAUUCAACGAUUGUGAACAGUUCUAUGGAGAUAGAAAAUCCUAUUGCAAGUUCUGAACAAUCAGCAGAAAUUAUACAAUCGAGCACAGGCAUUCAGAAUUUCCAGAAUCAUGGGUCAGACUGUUUAAAUAUAUCUGCUCGAAUCUCAAAUCAAGCUGAGAGUCCUGAAAAAACCUCACCUGUUGGGAACUGUUCUAUAUCUACUAGCAUUGAUGUUGAACAAGAAAAAAAGAUAGAAUCUGCAGUCGAUGGCCAUACUUCAUCUCCCAUACACACGAGAAAAGAGGAUGUAUCACAGGUACAAUGUGGAAUUGAUUACACAAACUAUUACAGUUUUGCUCAAACAGCCUCAUCAGUUGCAGAAGAGUUAAUGCAUAAGUCAUCCGACAAGAGCAAAGAACACUCCACGACAUCAGCUGAGGAAAUAAUUUCAGCACAGAUAAAAGCCAUUUCAAAGAAUUUUACGAAGUUUUGUUGGCCAAAUGCUCAGAAUCUAAACAUGGAUGCUGAGAAAGAAAAUUGUGGGUGGUGCUUCUCUUGCAAAGAUUCCACUGGUGACAAGAAUUGCUUGUUUAAAACGAAUUUUAUGGUGCCUGUUCAGGAAGGUUCUAAAAGUGAGGUGGUUGGCCUCCAAUCAAAGAAGAAUAGGAAAGGCCAUCUUGUUGAUGUCAUAAAUUACAUCCUCUCUAUUGAAGUUCGCCUGCGUGGGCUUCUCAUGGGUCCAUGGAUGAAUCCACAUCAUGCUAAACUUUGGUGUAAAAAUGCUCUCAAGGCAUCUGAUGUUGCAUCAGUAAAACAUCUGCUGCUCACAUUAGAGUCAAAUUUGCGUCGCCUUGCACUCUCUGCUGAUUGGUUGAAACAGAUGGAUUCUUUUAUUACAAUGGGUUCAGCUUCUCACAUUGUGAUAAGUUCUCGUGCAUCUUCAAAGCUUGGGGUUGGGAAAAAACGGACUAGGUGUUCUGGUUUUGUCUCCAAACCUUCAUCAAAUGCAGCCACAGGAUUGAGUUUAUUUUGGUGGAGGGGUGGUAGGCUUUCACGUAAGUUGUUCAAUUGGAAGGUUUUGCCUCGCUCUUUGGCUUCCAAGGCUGCUCGACAAGCUGGAUGUACAAAGAUACCGGGCAUAUUAUAUCCUGAAAGUUCAGAAUUUGCAAAAAGAAACAAGUAUGUUGUCUGGCGAUCUGCUGUUGAGACCUCAACAAGUGUAGAGCAGCUUGCUUUGCUGGUUAGAGAGCUUGAUUUGAACAUUAGGUGGGAUGACAUUGAAAACACGCAUCCUCUCUUUAAGUUGGACAAGGAAGCUAGAAAAUCUAUCAGGCCAUUCAGGAAGGUUAUAAUCCGCAGAAAGUGCAUAGAAGGAACAAUAUCAAAGUAUCUACUUGAUUUUGGCAAGAGAAAAAUCAUCCCUGAUGUGGUCGUUAAGCAUGGGUCUAUUCUUGAAGAGUCCUCUAGUGAAAGGAAGAAAUACUGGCUGGAUGAAUCUCAUGUUCCCUUGCAUCUCUUGAAAGCCUUUGAAGAGAAGAGAAUUGCUCGCAAAUCCAGUAAUAUUAAUUCCGGAAAACUACAUGAGGGUGGUAGAGAAAUGAAGAAGCCCUCCAAGGACAAGGGUUUUUCGUACCUUUUCUUGAAGGCCGAAAGAUUUGAGAAUUAUCAAUGUGGACACUGUAAGAAAGAUGUCCUGACCAGGGAAGCUGUAAGCUGCCAGUACUGCAAAGGCUAUUUCCAUAAAAGGCAUGUCAGAAAAUUUGUUGGUUCCAUCAGUGCUGAAUGUACGUAUACAUGUCAUAAAUGCCAGGAUGGGAAGCCCAUGAAGAUCAACGCAAAAAUUGGGAAUGUCCAGUCUCAAAAGGGUAAAAAAGGCUCCACAGAUUUGUAUAAGAAAAAAGGAAAAGCCUACAAAAAUUGCAGGCUAUUGGGAUCAAAAAGUGGUAAAAAAAUUUUCACAAAGGAACAGCCUGUGCGUUCAUGUAAGGGUAGAAAACCCUCCACAGGUAAACGGCCUGUACGAUCACUUGUCAAGAGAGAAGUUUCCACAGUUGUUCCUCUUCGGCGUUCAGCAAGGAAAAUUAAAUUUGUGUCUCUGCAAAAUAAAAAUCUUGAAGAACAGGACACAGGCAAACAGGAAAAGGGCAAACAGGAAAAAGGUAAACAGGUUAAAUCAAUGAAAUCCAAAAAGAGGACACCUAAGAAGCCAAAGAAAGAGACCUCUUGGAAGAAGAAGAAGAGGAGGACACUGGUUUGUUACUCUUACUGGCUUAAUGGUCUCCUAUUGUCUAGAAUGCCAAAUGAUGAUCGAGUGAUGCAGUUUAGGAGGGAAAGACUUUUUGUCCCUUCUGAACACUUGAACGUUGUCAUUGAUAAACCCACCUGUCAUCUUUGUGCUGAAGCAGGACAUACACCAAUGCUAAACUACAUUAACUGUGAAAUCUGUGGAGAUUGGUUUCAUGGAGAUGCUUUUGGACUUGAUGUGGAAACUAUUGGUAAUCUUAUCGGUUUUAGGUGCCAUGAAUGCUGUAAGAGGACACCCCCUGCAUGCCCACAUUUGCAAGGAAUGAGCCGCGAUGAGGCACAAUUGGAUGAGGUGAAAAGUGAUGUAGGGAUUGACUGUUUGGUGCCCCCAAGUGAGGUAUAUGUCAGACAAAAAUCUCAGUCAGAUGAGGAUUCUCCAGGUUUAUUUGUGGUUGAUGAGUCCAUUCAUAAGGAGGAGCACGUAGGUGCAGUUCCAGGUUCAAAUCAGGGGCCCAUUUUGAAACCUAAGUUGGAAGGUGAAAACGGGCACUUGCUCGCUUUUGAGAUGCAGAAAACAGAUGCAACUGAAAGUUCAGAUGAUAAGGAUUUUGAAGCUGGUGUACCAAUGAAAACUGAAGAGAAUCUUACAUUGGAAGAGAAUACCAUUGAGUUAGGAAAAGAAAAUGUUACUGUGGAACCCCCAUCCUGUGAGGCUGUUGUUGAUAUGACAGACACAGAUGUUGCAUCAUCAAGGCAUGAGGAAGCAACUAAUUGUUUGUUGAAAUCAAUCAUUCUAGAUGAGGCAGUGGGGGAUUCACUUUUUCAGGCGAAGCUCCUAUCCUGCAAGGCUGAUGUGGAUGUGACAGACACAGAAAUGGGAUCAUCAAGGCAUGAGGAAGCGACCAAUGGUUUGUUGAAGACAUCGGUCAUCCUAAAAGAGCCAGUUGAUGGAACUCUUGUUGACUCAUCUAAGUUGCAUCAGACAAUUCUGGCAUCAGGUGAACUAUUAGAUAUGGGAGAAAAAAAAUGUUUAGAUUAGAUUCUGAUCUGUCCUUCAACUGAUGUAACAAGGCUGCCAAUACCAUAGAGGCUAGAACCAUUUGUGAAUAUUCUAAUGUCGUGGAGAUUCUGGGCAGAAUUAAAAAGCUAUAUUGGGAUAUUCAUUUAAAACUGAAAAAUAAAGUCCCCAUUUGAGGAAUGAUUUACAUGGGCAAGAGCAAGAGAACUGCUUCACUCUUCUUUGUUUCUCUCUCUUUUUCUUUUUCUUUCUUUAUUUAUUUUUUUUUUUUGGAGUUUUUUUAAGGUGGGAGAUUGCUCCCUAUGUUUCAUUUUUGAUGUUUGAUUCAGAAAUGGUUAGCAGUUUGUUCUUGGGAUGGA